UUUUUUUAUAAAAUUGACAGAUGGAGACGUUUAUCUUUGAAAAGCUUAACGAAUUCUAUGAUAUUAUCAAGAAUCGAACAUUUUAUUCCCGGAUUUAAAUAUCUUUACGAUUUUCAUUGGAUUUCAGAUUCAUCAAAUUCGUCAUCAAAUUCUCUAAAUUCUUCAUCUGUUUUUUCUUCUUUAAAUUAUCUUGCCGCUGAUUAUGAUCCUAAUGUGUUCUUUUUGGCUUCGGAUUUUGGUGUAUGCAUCGUUGUAAUUGUUAAAAAUUACUAUAGAGAUUCUAUUUAUAAAUCUCCUCAAGAUUUAAAUGAAGAAUUUAACGAAUAUAUUGAUUUAGUUAAUAAUUACAAAAAAUAUGCUACGGAAAGACAUGAAAAUAAAUUAUUGACGGUUAUCGGUGCUACUUUUACUGAAGAUCCAAAUUGUAUUUAUCCUGUUGAAUUUGUGGAUGAAAUUGAUCGUUCGAUCGCAAAUGCUGUUCAAUCAUACUCUAAUUCAAAUUCUUCAUCUUCAACACUUGGGAUUUAUCAAGCUCCUCGACAAGAGCCUGCAAGGACAUAUGAAGCUAACAAAGAAAUAUACGGUCAAUCAUGGGAUCAUCAUCCCGAAUUAACUCAAAAGGGUUUUACACAAUUGAUGAAAAUGCCAUUAAAUCCCGGAAAAAGUGCGCCAAUUGUUGGUGUAGAUUGGGGAUACUAUCAACAAGAUAAUGAUUUCGAACAAAAUGAUUAUUAUAAUCAAGAUUAUAAUAAUUAUAAUAAUUAUAAUUAUAAUUCUUAUUAUGAUUAUACUUAUCAAAAUUAUAAUUAAUUUUCUUUCUUUUGUUUUUUUUUUU